AUGACGCAUGACGAUGCCCGCUACAUGGGGGCGGGAUGUUCAUCUCGUUCCCGCAUGGCAGCCCAGCCCAGCCCAGCCCAGCCCCGUCGUCCUCGUCUCCUCAGUUCCAACUUCCCACGCGUCAUCCUGGCUCGGGCAUCACCUGCUGGAACGUGCCCAUCAUGCGCGACCAAAACACCCGAUGAUGGACAUGGUGGCACCCCUCUCCUUGCCUCGCCUCCGCUAUUCGUCGCCCCUCCGCCAAUCGUCGCCGCUUUUCCCGGCGAACGAACAAAACCUACAAAACCCCUCGUUGAACUAUAG